UUUACGCCGCGAAGACGUUUGAAAAGCGAGCGGGCAGUAGCAUUUCCGAGUUUUCCGCUCGCGUCUCAGUUUAUUUUGUUUGUGUGUAACGAUCCCUAAAAAAGAAAAGCGCAGACAAAAAAAAUUUCUUAUUUUCCAAAAUGGGCCUCACCGGAUGUUAUGCUUGUAUGAAAUAUUUAGUCGUGAUUUUCAACCUUAUAUUCUGGUUAACUGGAAUCGGUGUUCUCGCCGUCUCCAUCUGGCUUUAUUUCGACAGUUCCGUGUACUUGGGUAACACUGAUGACAGCUACAUGUACUUUGUGGCUAUCUUCGUCCUUAUGGCAGCUGGAGCAAUCAUGUUUCUUAUAGGGCUACUAGGAUGUUGUGGAGCCUUACAAGAAAGUCCAUGCAUGCUUGGAACGUUUUUCAUCUUUUUAUUAAUGAUAUUCGCUGCUGAAAUCACAGGUGGAGUGUGGGCUUGGAUGUAUAAAGAUGAGGUCAACAAAAUAAUUGAAUUGCAAGUUACCAAAAUGGUGAAAGACGAAUAUGGUGCUUCUAAAUCUGUGGAAAAUACGAUCGACGCUGUUCAACAUGAUCUCCAUUGCUGUGGUGCUAUGACGCCAAGUGAUUGGGCUCAUUCAAGACUCAAUAGUAAGGAUAAAAGUGCAGUUGAAGUUGGAAUAUCGAAGACGUCAGGCUUCUAUAUUUUGCCUGCCACUUGUUGCAAAACCAAAAACCCAGACAUUUGCGAUCUGCAUCGGAAAGUCAAGUUUGCCGGACAGGUGUUCGAUGGAAUUUACACUGAGGGAUGCAUACCACGGUUACAACGGUAUUUUGAAGAUAACAUGAUCAUUAUGGUUGGAAUAGGAAUCGGAGUUGGUAUCAUUCAACUUUUGGGCCUGAUCUUUUCAAUGGCUUUAUGCUGUGCUAUUCGAAGUGAAUGACGUGGAAGUAACUAAACAACAUUACAGAUCUUUUAUCUCAGAAAGUUGCCAUAGCUCAGAAAUCUGCAUCAUCUUCACAGUGUACAAAGUGGACCAAUCACCAUUGCACUUUGUAACUAAUACCAUGUGGAAUAGAGAUUAUUUGAACUGGUUUACAGUUCUGUGUCACUUCAAGUCAUUCAUCCAUCCAGUUACUUUUGACUUUGGAAAUUUUUUCAUGACAUUUGAUUUAGUUUUGUAUCGUUUUAUUGACCUCAACAUAGAGUUUUCUUAUUUAAAAAAAAGAUUGUUUAUGAUUAGACUUUUAAAUUUAUGGAACUUUUUAAAAUAAAAUUGUUAAGAAGUUGAUGUGAAUUGAAAAAAAAAAAAAAAUCACCUGCUGUAUUACGAGAGUUUUAUUUUAAUUGAAACUAAUAUUUAAUUUAAUUGAAAUAAAUUUUCAUUAAAUUUUCUUUUUCUGAUAAGCAUUUUGAUUUAUGUUAAUAUAUGCGUAAACAAAAUAAAUUAUACAUUCCUAUUUGUAUUAAAAUUAAAAAAAAAAAUGUUACUGAUAAUAAUAAACUGCUUGUUUAUUUGAGUUCCCAGUGUUGUUGAAAAUAAUGCACUAUUUGUUUAUUUGAUCUUCCAGUGUUGGUGAAAAAUGUCUUAAUAGUUUAUGCAUUAAUGUAUUAAUAGUUUAUUUGCAUGCAAUAAUAGUUUAUUUGAACUACUACUGCAGUUUAAAAUUGUAUUUUUUCAUUUUAACCGUAUUUAAACUGUAACUAUGUUUGUAAACUGUAACAGUAUUUAAACCGUAACAUUUUUUGCAUUAACCUCUAUUUAGGAUUUGAACUCAAAUCUUUGCCUUGUUGAAAUUUUGUCUUUCUUAUAAGGGUAAAACACGUCGGAAUAUAUAUUAGAAUCCUUGAAUUCACACAGAUGAUGAUAAUUUAAUUCUGAUUUUUGUUUGUAUUUGAUGAUGAAUAUUUUUUAAAUUUAAAUAAAACUAUCCCCCGCCCUUUUUUUUAAUACGCUGUUAUUAAAAUUAACAAAAGCAAAUCAUAUAAAUUGAACGUUGUUAAUGAUGCUUUUUAAAUGAAAGUUUUACGUAUGUAUGUCGUGCCAAAUCAAACAAAAAGUAUUUUCAAUCAUUAUAAAUUGUUAAAAUAUUUAUUAAUAUCUCUAAUUAUGAAGUUAUAUUUGAAUAUGUAAUAUGAAAUAUUUAAGAAGAAAAAAAAGGGAAAAAAAGAUAUCGGUGAAUUUUAAUAUUUAAUUGAAAUCACAAUUAUUUAUUCCUAUUAUUUAGGCAAAAUCCAAUAUCUGUAAAAUUGUGAAAGAAAUCCUAAUUAUAAUAAUUAUUGAUGUAUAAUAACAUUUCCAUUUUUUUUUAAUGUUAAAAUGUCUUUAAAGAAAUAAAAUUUGCUGAACUGCAUUUUAAUAAUGAAACUAUGUUUUGCACUAUGUUUCCAUAAACUAUGUUUUUUUUUCUUUUUUAAUUGUAUAAUUAGUUUUUCAAUUGUCUUUCUUAUAUAAUUUAUGUACAAAUCAUGUAUAUAUUUUUUCCAAAUAUAUCUGUGCUCAUAUUCUGUAUUCCUUCCAAUGCUGACGAAUCAAUUUUUCAGAAAUAAUUUUUUUUAAUAGCAGGAUAUUUCAUUAAAAUUUGAAGAAGAUUAAAAAUGUCAUUUUUUCAACUUAAAGAAAAUUAAAUCAUAUUUUCCAUAAACUAUGAUAAAAAUGAUACAUAUAGAUCAUCAAUAAUGGAAUAAAUUAUUAAAUUCCUUUUAAAUCAUUUAAUAUGUAUUUGUUUAUGCUUUUAAAGUUGAAAUGAAUGAAUAGAUUUUAAAGAAAAAUUCAUUUUGAAAAAGUGAAGGAAAAAUUCUGUUGUCUUAUCAUAAUGACAUAAAAUAAUUUUGAUUCUUUUAUUAUUUUAUGACCAAUUAAAUAAUUAUGUCUUAAUAUUUUAAAUAAUUAGUAUGAAAAUGAUUUUGUGGAAUAAUAAGUAAUAGAAAAAUUAAUUAAAAAAUUGCAGACUGGUAUAAAAUUAAUUUUUCUUUCAGACUGAGUUUUAGAAAUUAAAUAUAAUAAUAGUUUUAGAUAAUCUUUGCUGUAUAUAUAUUACUUGCAUUCAUUUUUCUCAUCAUUUUUUAAUAAAAAUUAGAUGAAGUUAAAGAUUGAAUAUACAUAUAAAAAUUCUUCUAGAAAGUGACAUAUUCCUUUAAUAUAACUUUUAAAGAGAGAUCCAGCAAAUUUUUCAUUCGUGUAGUUAGACUUCGCUGAAUGAAAAGUAAUAUCGUCUUUCAAAAAUCAUUUAAAUAUUGAUGAGAAUCUUAAAUGUAAUUAAUAAUUUCGUUUCCCCCCUUUAAUUAAUUUAGUGAUACUUAGACGACUUUGGGAAUUGUUGCAUUUUUGUGCCUUUUACUAUAUGCUGCUUCAUCAUUGCCACACAAUAUAAUGAAAACUGAAGCAUAAAAGUCUGUAAAUAUGAUGUAUUUAUGCAUGUGUAAAUAAAAUUAACAUUUAUGCCUUUA